UCACACUGUCGAAACUCGCAACUUUGUUUUUGCUCAUUGUUGGUAAUACAAGUGUUUUCCUUUUUUCAUUGACGCUAUCAGGUUGUGCAAUUAGUGUGUUCCUUUUCGCAUUUAAGGCUGCAGUUUGUCAUUGUUGCUGUUCGUUCGUGUGUGUGUGUGUGAGUGCGCGUUAUAGAAUUGUGCAAUACGUAGUUUUCACAAUGCGAGCGCUGCGAAAAUCAAAAAAAUCGCCUGCGUGUGUGUGAAAAUUCAAUACAAAAUAGCAGCGACUGCAAUAAAGUGAAAAAUGUGCUUGGUGGAGCAUGUUGGCAAUAGGCAGACGUACUCCUCCACAUCCUUGCCACAGCAGCAGCUCCAGCAUCAAAGAAACAGCGACGCCUAUAGCUGCUGCAACAACAACACGAGCGUCGUUGUUAUAAACACACAACAACAACAAGAAGAACAGCUGCAGGAACAACAACAACAAGAAGAGCACAUCACGCCCACAUUCAACACGAAAUAUAGGCGAAAAUGUUUGCUGUUGCUGUCGCUGCUGCUCUUCCAUGGCUGCUUCAGUGGACUACAUAGCGCCAGUGCCUACAAUUGCACAACAAAUCCUUGCCAGAAUGAGGGCCAGUGCGUCGAGGGGCAGUGCAUCUGCGCGGACGGCUGGCAAGGGCCUGCCUGUCAGUUUUGCGGUGGCAAAGUGCGCAUGUACCACCCCAUGGGCACGAUACACGAUGGCUGGGGCAAUUAUUCGGUGAGCGUCAAGUGCAGCUGGCUGAUUGAUGCACAUCAUCCGCACUGGAUACAUCGACACAGCAGCACGGCAGCGGGACGCAAAACAAAUAUACGCAUACAUCUGCGUGAAUUUGCCACUGAAUGCGGCUGGGAUCAUUUGUAUAUAUUCGAUGGUGAUAGUGUGGACUCACCGCUGUUAGCGGUGUUUAGUGGUCUCAUGUAUCGCGGCAACUUUUCCAUAAGACGCGUGCCGCAGGUGAUUGCCAGAUCGGGCACAGCGUUGCUGCACUUCUUCAGCGAUGAUGCCUACAAUAUGUCGGGCUUUAAUCUGACGUACAAAAUGAAUGGUUGUCCCACAGAUAGCGAUGAUGUGGAGUGCUCGGGUCAUGGCACUUGCAGUGACGGCGACUGUCUCUGCGAUCCCAUGUAUCGAGGCGAGGCUUGCGAGGUGGCCGCCUGUCCCAACAACUGCACGGAGGCGCGUGGGCAUGGCAUCUGCAAGCUGGAGCAGGAGCGCUGCGAAUGCGCUGAAGGUUAUGGCGGCGAUGAUUGCGGGCAGCUGCGUGCGCAUGGCGUCUGGAGCACAGUCCAUCCAAAGCAUUCACAGGCGCCAGCUGGGAGCGCAUCGCAUGGUGCGGCUGUGUGGCGCGACACGUUGCACAUUAUUGGCGGCGAGACAUAUGGGCGUGGCGAGCUAAUGAGCACCUACGACUUCAAUGGCAAUGUCUGGGAGUCUAUGCAUCCGGAGGAUGGGCGAGCCACGCCCGCGCAGCGCUAUGGCGCCUCCAUAGUUAUGUAUGGCGAUAAGAUUUACAUGUAUGGCGGCGUGGUGAAGGGCCAAGGCAUCAGCAAUGAGCUCUGGGCGUUUGAUGUCAGCGCCAAGAGCUGGGAGAACAUCACAGUCAAGGCGCAGGGCUGCAACAGCAGCGAGAGCAGCAUGUGCGGACCGUUGCAUGUGGCGGGGCAUACGGCGACGCUGGUGCCGGGAUUUGGCGACAAGAACAACUAUCAGUAUAUGGUGGUCAUCUUUGGACACUCGCCGCAGUACGGCUACCUCAAUACGGUGCAGGAGUUCAACUUUGCCACGCGCGAAUGGAAGCUGCUGCAGACGUCCGGCUAUGUGGUCAAGGGCGGCUACGGCCACAGCGCUGCGUACGACUUUCUAACGGAGAAGGUCUAUGUCUAUGGCGGCAUUGUGUCGGAGAGCGAUGCCAGCCAGGUGCUUAGCUCCAGGCUGUUUGCCUACGAGCCCUCCACGCGGCUGUGGACGUUGUUAUCGGCCGCACCCAGCGCGCGACUGCUGCAUACGGCAAACUUUGUUAAUCCCGGACUGAUGAUAGUCUUUGGCGGCAAUACACACAACGAUACCUCACAGAGCUAUGGCGCGAAGUGCUAUAGCCAGGAUGUGCUCAUCUACGAUGUCUACUGCAACUCCUGGCACAUGCAACAGAUUCCCGCGCACCUGCAGGCGGAUCUGGCGCGCUUCGGCCACAGCUCCGUGGUGUUCGAGGACGCGCUGUAUAUCUACGGCGGCUUCAAUGGCCAGCUGCUGAACGAUAUGCUGCGCUACGAGCCCGGACACUGCAGCUAUCAUACCAAGCAGGAGAAGUGCACCAGCGCACGAGCGGGCAUCAAGUGCAUCUGGGAUGUGCAGUCGAAGCGCUGCAUCAACAUUAUGAGCGUGCAGCGCUUGGCCUUGCAGCGAGGCGAGGAGUACGACUAUGUCGUGUGUCCGCUGAAGAGUCGCCAGACCAUGACCACGGAUCAUCUGGAUCAUGUGCAGCGCUGCAAUGAGCUGCCCAAUUGCCGCAGCUGCGUGUCAACUGCGUUUGGUUGCACGUACUGCGGCAAUGGCGUCUGCAGCAAGGAUCGCUGCCGCGAGACCACCUCGGUGACGUCCAUUUUCUAUGCAGAUGGUGCACUGGCGGCGCCACAGCCAGCGCCAACAGCAGCGCCGCCGCUGAACGCCAAGCGGCUGGACAACUGUCCCGCCCAGGAGGAGCGUCUGCUGCAGUCAAUCUGCGAGCAGCUGCACAAUUGCCGCGUCUGCAUGGCCAACAUGGCCUGCAAGUGGGAGCCAGAGUCCAACCGUUGUCGCAGCUACAGUCAUGGCAAUCGCAGUUCACACGAGGAGCAGCUGCUCUGUCGCGUCAACUGCGCUGCCCACACCAGUUGCCACAACUGCACGGAGGAUGAGUGCAUUUGGUGUCAGAACGAGCAGCGCUGCGUGGAUCGCAAUGCCUACACCGCUAGCUUUCCGUACGGCCAGUGCCGCGAGUGGACUACCUUCAACUCCAAGUGCAGAUCAACGCCUCUGGCUGCCCUGAGCGCUGGCACCGUGGGCAGCACAACGGCCUUGUCCAGUGCCCAGUGCGGCUAUUACAAUAGCUGCCAGCAGUGCUUGGAUGAUCCUGCAUGUGGCUGGUGUGACAAUGGCUCCAAUACGGGCCUCGGCAAGUGUGUCGUUGGCGGCGCCUUGUCGCCCUACGACAAGACGGAAUGCGCCUUGAAGCAUUGGUUCUUCACAUCGUGUCCACGCUGCAAUUGCAACGGUCACUCCUACUGCAACGAUCAGCAGCACUGCGAGCAGCCGUGCAACAAUCUGACGAGUGGCGCUCACUGCGAAAAGUGCCGCACUGGCUACUGGGGCAAUGCCAUCAAUGGUGGCCAAUGCCAGCGUUGCGAGUGCAACAAUCAGGGCGACUAUUGUCAUGCGGAUACGGGCAAAUGCUUCUGCAACACCAAAGGCAUUGUGGGCGAUCAUUGCGAAAAGUGCGACACACAGAAUCAUUACAUCGGCGAUCCGUUGCGUGGUAGUUGCUACUACGAGCUCACCAUCGACUAUCAGUUCACAUUCAAUCUGUCCAAGAAGGAGGAUCGCCAUUUCACACAAAUCAACUUUCGCAAUUCGCCCGCCAAGCCUGAAAUUGAUGCGGACUUUACCAUUACGUGCAGUGUGCCGGCCAAAAUGGACAUCUCGGUGAAGCGUGCCGGCUCGCCAGAGAAGCUCAUUUUGGUGGGCGUCAACUGUUCGGCCUUUCGGCAUCGUUUCCUCAAAACCGAAUAUCAAUUCGGGCCCGCCACCCUGCCCGGUGACAAUAGUUCGCUGACCACGUUCUACGUCUUUGUGCAUGACUUUCAGCCGCCCAUCUGGAUACAGAUUGCGUUCUCGCAGUAUCCCAAGCUCAAUCUGCAACAGUUCUUCAUCACAUUCUCCUCAUGCUUCUUGCUGCUGCUGCUCAUGGCCGCUGUGCUGUGGAAGAUUAAACAAAAGUAUGACAUGUUUCGGCGUCGCCAGCGCUUGUUUGUCGAAAUGGAGCAGAUGGCCAGCAGACCCUUCUCCCAGGUUCUGGUGGACAUUGAGAAUCGUGAGAACAUUGAUUUGAGCUUGACGCUUGAUGGCAUCAGUCACAUGUCAAAGAAACGCAAAAAGCAGGAGUGUCCCAGUCCCAUUGCCUUGGAGCCUUGCAACGGCAAUCGAGCGGCAGUGCUUUCGCUACUAGUCCGACUGCCCACGGGCGGUCUAUCCCAAGCACCUGCUGGCCAAUCAGCCGGACUGGCCGUGGCGAGCGCUUUAGUCACGCUCGGCAAUCCGCGACGGCCGUCAAUCGAUCAGCAUCCAAAGGAGCCCAAGGCCAAACGCAAACAGAGCCAGCACCCAGACAGUUGUACAUAAUAAUAAGAAAUAGAGAGAACAGCUAUCAAAAGAGUAAAAGCAAAAACAUACACAGAGAACAUGCAUAAAUGAUAUUAAUUAUAAUAUACAUAUUGUGUAUACUUAGUUAGUAGACCCUUAGCAUAUUUGCUCCGACUUUCUUCUAUACCAUAUAUAUAUAUAUAGUAUAUUUAUAUAUACAACAAAUGGCCAGCUAGCAAGUUGAUAAUCCGCAGUUAUUACUAAUCUAAUGCAAUUAGUCUAAUGCAUAAUGAAUACGUCUAAUGCUAAAUGCUCUAACUAUGCAAAUAAUAAUUUAAAUUUAUA